ACAGGAGGCAGACAUGGCAGGUCCUUUUCUCUCUCCAUUUAGUUGGUGCAGCACAUACUGUGCAUAUUAAUCACACAAAAGUAAAUGCAAGGUCAAUAAAAGUGAAUGUGAGGGUGACAGAAAAUGAAGCGGAAUAUUCUUCAGAUUCCAAGACUAUCGCUGCUUUUGACUGCCUGUGCCACUUGCAUUGGCGGGGCGUUUCAGUAUGGAUACAACAUAUCUAUUGUAAAUUCACCCAGCAAGUAUGUGAUGACAUUUAUCAACCAAACAUGGACGGAGAGAUACGAGUCUGCCAUAUCAGAGGAGCUACUGACCCUCUUCUGGUCCAUUAUUGUGUCCAUCUUCACUCUUGGGGGGCUGGUGGGCUCUUGGGUUGGGGGAACACUGGCCAUCAAGUAUGGAAGAAAAGGUGCAAUGUUAAUCAACAACAUUUUUGCUUUGCUAGCAGCUGCUUUUGUGGGAAUAAGUUAUUUCAGCCGUUUGUUUGAGCUGCUCAUCGUUUCCAGACUUCUCAGUGGCAUAAAUGGAGGUGUGUCUAUGUGUGUGCAAACGAUCUACCUCACUGAGAUUGCUCCCAGGGCGUUACGUGGGGCUUUGGGAACGAGCACAUCCAUAUCCCUCACCCUGGGCAUUUUCAUCGCACAGGUAGUCGGACUGCAAGAGUUGUUGGGCAGAGAGGAGUGGUGGGCCCUGUUGUUGGAGACCACCGCCAUCCCAGCAAUACUGCAGCUCCUCACCCUACCCUGUUGCCCUGAGAGUCCACGAUACCUACUGAUCGACAGGGGUGAUGAGACUGCAUGUGACAAAGCGCUGAAACACCUUCACGGCGAAGCUGAAUAUCUGGUCGAGAAGGCGGACAUGGAGCAGGAGAGACUUGAGGCUGAGGGAGUGAAGCCCAAAAACCCCUGGGAAGUGUUCAUGGAUAAGAGCCUCCGCUGGCAACUUGUCAGCGUCAUCAUAUUACAACUGUUCCUUCAGCUCAACGGCAUCAAUGCAAUCUAUUUCUAUGCAUCCUACGUGUUUACGGAAGCAGGCAUUCCGGAGGAUAAGAUUCUGUAUGUAACGCUUGGCUCUGGACUAAGUGAAUUUUUCACUGCUGUCAUCAGUGGCUUCUUGGUUGAGUCUUUGGGCAGGAAAGUCCUCAUCAUUGGAGGAUACUCGUUAAUGAGUGUCUGGUGUUUGGGUUUAACCCUGACUCUCUCUUUCUCUGAGGCCAGUCCAUGGGUGCCAUAUCUCAGCAUGGCCUGUGUCUUUGCAUUCAUCCUCAGCUUUGGCUUGGGACCAGGUGGUGUGACUGGUACUCUGAACUCUGAGCUCUUUACCCAAAUGGUGAGGCCGGCGGCGUGUAUGAUUGGCCUAUCAGUCAACUGGAUCAGUUUCUUCAUCAUAUCCAUCGCUUUCCCAUUUGUUGUAAGUGGGCUCGAGCAGUACUGUUUUCUAGUGUUCUUGGCUGUCUGUGUCAUUGUGUCCAUCUACACAUUCUUCAUGGUACCAGAGACCAAAAACAAAACCUUUCUGGAGAUUCAAGCGGAGUUCAAAUCCAAGAAGAAGGAGCAAAAGCUGAAUCUAUUCUCAGACAAGGAUGUCUAUGGGAGCCCAUAGAACCGUACACAGGAAAAUGCUGAAAAUUGGCACACAGGUUCAAGGCCCGCUCAGCAUGCCCCAUAGCAAUAUUUAGGUACCCAGCCCCAACCCUCUUGCGCCACCAGCAGGCCAAAGUUGCAAGUACAUUUCUGCUUGUAACUUUUGAACCGCUGGGCCAAUUUUAAAAAAAUCCCAGGAAUCCUUGGGCCGAGAUGAACCCAACGCACUCUAUGACGUCAUUUUCCGCCUGGAUAGUCUUCCCGCCAUUUUGAAUUUUGUGAAAAUCAAUAAAAAUGCUACUCCUCCCUCAAUUUUUGACAUGUGUUAUCGUUCGUCCGUGACAGCCAAUCAAAGACGGCCUAAACAAAUUCAGGUCGCUAGCUCAAACUCUCUAGCGCCACCAGCUGGUCAAAGUUUUAGCUACAUUUCUGCCUGUAACGUUUGAACCGCAUGCUCAAUUUUUAAUCUGGUAGUACUGAUAAAAUCCUUGGACUAAGACGAAUCCAACGUACCCUAUGACAUCAUAUCCGCCAUAAUAGAAUGUCCACCAUUUUGGAUUUGGUGAAAAUCAAUAAAAGGC